AUGACGACCCCGCCAACCCUCACGAACUACCAGUCGAUCCUCCAAACCUUCACCGACUUUCUCACCGUCGCAAUACACACGAUCCUCUACGAGCGGGCUCUAUACCCCUCCAAUACGUUCAUAUCAACCCGCAAGUACAACUUUCCAGUCCGCCAAAACCGACAUCCAAAGGUGUGCGCUUGGAUCAAUGACGCCGUCUCCAAUGUCUCGACUCUCAUGCUCAAAGGCACGGUCCGACGCGUUGUGGUCGUGAUUUACAACCAGGAUUUGGAAGUGAUGGAGCGUUAUCUAUUCGAUGUUGAGAGAUUUCCUGUAGUGGAUCCUAAGGAAGCUUUGACGGAGUUUGAAGCAAGAGAGGGUCAAGGGGAGAUGAAGAUUAGUAUUACGGACGUGGAAGAACAACUGAGAGCUACGAUCCGGAGGUUGACAUACGCCUGUAGCAAGAUGGGACCCCUACCUGAAGGGUGUACAUAUACGGUUGCAGUGGAAUUGAGGGAUAAGGCGGAUCCGCCAAUUGGGCAUCCGCAGCCCUGGAUCCCAUCAGAGCCGAGCCUCCAGACAGGAGAGAAGGGCUCCAGUGAGAAUAUUGGGAGCGAUUUGGGAGGCGUGAAGAGUACGCCGGUACGGUUGGUCGAAGCUGGGGAAUUCAUCCUUGAGACAUGGGUGGAAGAAGGAAGAGCAAAAUAUCACGAUGGUGGAGACUGA